AUGGGAAGACAUGUCUUUCUUCGUAUUGUGGAUGUUGUUUCAAAUUGUGAUCCAUACUUCCAACAGAGGAUUGAUGCAGUGGAAAGAAAAGGUUUAUCACUUUUACAGAAAUGUACUGCGGCAAUGCGUAUGUUGGCAUAUGAUGUAUCUGCUUACGCUGUUGAUGAUAACGUUCGUAUUAGAAAGAGUACUGCGGUUGAAGGCUUGAAAAAAAUUAUCUCAAUUGUAGUUACAAUAUUUGAAGGUGAAUACCUACGAAAGCCGAACUCGAAUGACAUACAACGUCCACUGCAGAUGGGUGAGGCUCGUGGCUUUCCUGGUAUGAUGGGCAGCAUUGAUUGCAUGCAUUGGCAAUGGAAAAAAUGUCCAAAAGCAUGGAAGAGAUUGUUCAUGAGUGGUCAUAGAGAAGUUGCAAUAAUUAUACUUGAAGCGGUUGCUUCAUCCAAUCUUUGGAUAUGGCAUGCAUUUUUUGGAGUUUCUGGAUCAAAUAAUGACAUAAAUGUUUUAGAUCGGUAA